AUGCCAGUGGGCAUUCUAGUUUGCCCAAUCUGUAAAACAACAUCCCCGUCAAAAUCAAAGUUAAAUCGUCAUUUAGACACCCAUUCGGUAAUAUGCGGAUUAUCCUGUUUUCUAUGCAACCGCCUCAUUCGUCAUGACAAUAAUCUUGUUGCACAUUGGAAGCAAAAUUGCGAUGGUGUUCGAUCGAUUUUCUCAGAAGCUGAGUUGAAAUUAAUGCCCAGUUGCGAAGUGAAAGAAGCAAUUUAUGAAUAUAUAAUAACUCUUGAAGACACAAUUGCGAAAUACGCGCCGACGUGCAGCGAUAUAACCACCGAAUUCAGCGAUAUGGCCGCGUUCUGGAAGAUCCCAUCAACCUGCUCGUUCUGCAAUUUAACCUUGUCGCCAUCAACAAUCGGCCAUCAUUACGAUGUCCACAAUCAACUGAAAUCCUUAGAAUCUCCAUUAUCAAACCUUCGAGCCCCUUACGUCUGCGACAUCUGCGGAUUAUGCUUCAGGAAGAGGACAUUCCUUUUCAAACAUUGGAGAGAAACCUGCUCGGAAGUUUUGGCUCAAGUGCCGAAUGAAGGGAUAUCUCUGAAUGACGACGAGCUGGUGCGAUUCGUCGAGAAGAUUCUGGAGAAAAGCGUUGUCGAUCCGAAUGGUCAGAAUUACGAUGCUUCUAAAAAGGCGCCCGAAAGAUGCUUGAAAAAUUUGGAGGAAGAAGACGAAAAUCUAGAUUUGCCGUCAUGCUCGUACGCUGACGAUUUUUCGCCUUCAAUAAUGGCUCCAUUAAGAGUGAACAAGGAGAAAUGGCUGCCAAGUACUGGCUAUUUUUCCUGUAGCCAGUGUCACAGAAAAUUCUCGAAUAGUGGAAGACUUGAGCGCCAUUUAAGUGUGUUUCAUGAAGAAUGGAAAGCGCAGGAAAAAUGCGAAUUGUGUGGAGUAAUGAUUCGCAAAAGAAGCUCGUUGAUCUUGCAUCUCCGUCGAAAUUGCCAAGUGAUGCGUGCCGAAAUUCGCGACGACAACCAACGAAAAAUGAUGAGCGCCACCGAUCUUAUGCUUCAGGUCGAGCUCGUCAAAGACACGUGGAAGCAAUUAUUCAAAUAUAGACGCGAGAAGCUGAUCAAUCAGAUUCGAGUAUCAUUGAAUCACGUGCCGACGAUUCCAUCAAAUAAUUGCGUGCAACCGCCGUUUUCUGCCAAAGAGCUCAAAAAUUCGACAUUAAUAAUUCCGAAGUAUCGAAAUGUGACUGAAUCGCUUGAAUGCCCGUAUUGCAAAAUUCGCUUCAAGACCAGCGCUAUCGUAUCGCAGCAUGUCACUAUGGCCCAUAAGAUCAACACGCAAGUUGUGGAUGUCCUCGACAAACCUCAAACAAGGGUUUCUGUGAAUCCGAUGAAAGAGAAGGAGAUUGUGUUUUAUGAUUUGAACGGAGUAAUGCAUAAAAGCUCUCGACCUUUGACUAGUGAGCCGCAGCUUCUCGAAGCUCUCAACAAACAGCCGACGGGUUUGAAGCAUGGAGCGAGAGUAAAGCAGAAAAGACAUGGAAUUGGUAUUCAAACGUUUGUAAUCUCUUUGAUACAAGGCGAAUUCCCGGUGUAUGUGAUUCUGAGCGAAGAGGAAUGGGAAUCUUCAAAGGACAGAUUUGGCGCUGUUCAGUUUUUCGAAUCCAGGCCCAAAAUUAUGGAAGAUAUGCCUCAAUUGGUUAGAGAGGAAUCCUAA